UUAUGAUUAUUGCUUUAAAUUUUUAGAUGAUAACUAUAUACAUUAUGUUGCAGUGAUGGUCAGGAACAGAAUGUUGAAAAAAUUCUUAGAGAAAGUUCGGUACCAAAAAGAUUUACGACAUUAUAUUAUGUAUUCAACAUUUUUUAUAGGAAUAAUGUUUUUAAUUUAUAUGUUUAAUUUGCUUCCAUAUGCAAAAACAGGAGCUCAAUCAGAAUUUACUUCUUCUGUCUGUCCUGCACUAGAAUUUUCUCAUCGCUCACUUCAACAAAAGUUGUGCCAUUACGAUCCUAUAUAUCCUCUUUCAUCUCCUGAAGUUACUGAGUCUGGCAUUGAAUACAAAAUUGCUGUGAUCGCUGACUUGGACGAAGAGCGGUCGAAGGUGUUUGACCAAGAGUAUACAUGGAAAAGUUAUCUUAAAACAGGGUAUUUGUUGAAAAGUAGUAAUGGUUAUAGUAUACGGUGGGUGGACACCCAGACUAUAACAACGCAAAUUAAUGAAAAAGGGCGUGGAUUAGAACUUUCUGAGUUAUGUGUGUUUAAUAAAAAGUUAUAUUCAGUCGACGACCGCACAGGUAUUAUUUAUCAAAUCAAAAAUGGUAAAGCUAUACCUUGGCUGAUAUUAAUGGAUGGGGAUGGAGAAACAGACAAAGGUUUUAAAUCGGAAUGGAUGACAGUUAAAGAUGGUGUUUUGUUUGUCGGUGGGCUUGGUAAAGAAUGGACAUCAAAAACUGGAGAGUUUAUAAAUUAUAAUCCUUUGUUUGUAAAAAGUAUUGAUUCUCUUGGGGGAGUCACUCAUCAUAAUUGGACUUUGAACUUCUUAAAGAUUCGCGAAGCUGUUGGAAUUACAUUUCCAGGAUAUAUGGUUCAUGAAGCAGUUAUGUGGAGUAGUAAAAACAAGCGUUGGUUCUUUUUGCCUCGAAGAAUGUCAAAAUUAAAAUAUGAUGAUAAAUCAGACGAACACAGAGGAACAAAUGUUCUUAUAUCUUGCAAAGAGGACUUCACUGAUAUCAAUGUUGUUCAUGUUGGUGAAUUAGAUCAAACUCAUGGCUUCUCAUCAUUCAAGUUUAUUCCGGGCACAAAUCAAAAGGAAAUACUCGCUUUAAAGACUAAAGAAGUUGAUGGAAAUAUUAGUACGUAUAUAAUGAUUUUUGACAUUCAAGGAAAUAUCAUUAUGCCAGAAAUGCAGUUUGCUUCUGAUAAGUUUGAAGGGGUUGAAUUUAUAUGAUAUGUCUUCUGUGCAAUUAUUUAAUAGAAAUUAUUAUUUUUUAUUUAUAAUUUAUAUUUAGCUAGCUAAUAGGAUCAUAAUUUUUUAUAUGAUCAGAUUAAGUAUUUUUAUACUAUUUAAUAAAUCUUUAUAUUUAACCAAGUAUGUUAAUUAUUUUAGUGAAAAACUGGUUUUUAUUAAGAUUGUUUUGUAAAGUUUUCGUUUGAUUUUGGCUUUGUUAUCAGAGAUGUUUGGUGUAAGAGAGUUUUUUUUAAUGAA